AUGUCCCUCGCAGAGAUUGGGAACGCCUUGCGCGAGGCUCGCAUAACGCAUAUGGUGGCAAUGGGCUCGAUCAGCGUUUGGAUUUAUGAUUACUUUCUCGUACUUUCAGACGAGAUUGACCUCGUAUGGCAUUCCAAGUGGACCCUCGUGAAGUUCAUCUACAUCGCGGCACGGGUGAUGAACCCCAUCUUCUUGACAGUCAGUCGGUACUUUGACCUCUCGACGGACCAUACGAGCAAGCAAUGUCGACUUCUGUUUGGACUGAGCACAUCCCUGGGUUUCAUCGAAGGCUUGCUUCUCUGCGAUGCCGUCAUGUACCUUCAAGUUUAUGCAUUCUCGCAAUGCAAUAAAUGGGUUGGAAUAUAUCUCAUGUUCCAGUGGGUGGCUGCAGUGAUCACUGGCGUCACACUUCAGGCCAUCCUUUUCUCGACCUCACUGUGGCUUCCUUUGGGAAUUCCAGAGCUUCAUUGCGUCCCCAUCAAGAUUAAUCUCAAUCUCUUGGCCGCUAUCUUCUCUUCCUCUAUUCCUCAGUGGGGUAUGCUCGUCAUGAUCACUCUCUGGAUUAUGUAUCGCAAGUAUCGUCAACUCAAGAGUAGCGUGCUAACCGCGCUACUUCGAGAUGGUCUUAUCUACAUGUAUGGAAUGUUCGCAUUUUGCAUUGCUACCACCAUCAUCACCUACGAAGCUCCACCGGGACUACGAUUCAUCAUCGGAGUACCGAAGAGUGUGUUCCUCAAUAUCCUGGUAUCAAGGCUUAUUCUCCAUUUGCGAAGAGCCGCCCGCGCCCACACAGAGCACAAGACAAUCGGAGGCUAUACCAAUCCAACCAAGAGCUUCACCGGAAUUCACUUUGCACCAAGGUAUCCACCGGGGAAGGGAGUGUCUACCAUCCCGAGCUCAGUGGGGAGCGGGUCAACAUACGUCGACGCCGCAAUUGUACUUUAGGUUUUACAAACGAACAAGGCUUUUCAAUCAGCCAUCCACUCUUUCAGCAUAUUUUACUAUUUAUUGCGUCUUUAUGCACCUGUACAGUACUUACUUACAUUACGGGCAGAUUUGGC